CACACUCACAGGGAGAGGGAGAGGGAAGGGGGAGAGAGUUCCGCGCAACAGCGUCACACCUCGAUGUCUCUGUUGGGAAAGGGCUGGCUGGAGACAGACCAGACUGAAGCCUCUCCGGUUAUCUGGCUCAUGAAGAGAAUCAAUAGCCGACACAGAACAGACUCUCACUGGACUCGAGGGAAUGAGAGGGUGUAUUCGACCUGAACAGGAUCCUAAACUUGUGUUUCCUCCUCAAUUCAAACACCAUCUGACCUAAAAAGGGAGCUUUCCUUCUUCCUCUUUAAACUCCUGAGAUCUGCUGUGUGUCUGUGUGGUUAUAACAGUGGGUUUUAUGAAGGAUGCUUCAGCCUCAGGUUCAUUUAUUCUGAUGUGUUUUUAUCAGAUCUAGUUUGGAUUAUUCAUCAUCUGAGCAGAAUCAGCCUUUUUCUGGGGAUUAACAGCCGUUUGGAGGAACCUUUACGCACAGCCUUUGCGCAUUUGGAUGACUCCGCAAAUCCUGACUGCCAAACCCGUUAUGCGCACUGUUACAGGCAAUAUCCCGGGUUGCACACUAUAAAUCCAGCUCGUCUGAUUUCUCAAGCGAAUCAUCGGUAUCACAUCUCACUUCUUGGCUGUGCCCCGUAAUAGCAACACGGAUAUCGCUUAACACAUUUUCGCAGACUGACACUGGUGCGCUCCCAAACGGGGGGUGGUGUCGCGAUUAAUAUCUUCUCCAUUUGUACUAAGGAGUUUCUCAACUCUGCACGACGAUAUAUUGUGAGAUAUCAUCUGAAAUGCUGCCUCUGUCGCCUCUGCUGCUCCUCGUCUUCCCCGCUGCGAUCUUUGUGGCCGCGCAAGGCGCCGGGGACCUGCAGGGUUUCAGCCUCCCUGGUGGGAGCGCGGGCUUCGACCCUACAGACCCCUGCAUGGGGGUGACCCCACCAUGUAUGAGCGAGGCCGAUCGCUACAGCCUGGAGGCCCUGCGGAGCAUACAUCACAUGAUGGAUGAUGACCAGGACGGGGGAAUCGAGGUGGAGGAGAGUAUGGAGUUCAUCAUCGAAGACAUGAAGCAGCAGCAGACCAACAAACACAGCAACCUGCACAGAGAAGACCAACACAUCACGGUUGAGGAGCUGUGGAGGGGCUGGAAGUCAUCUGAAGUACACAACUGGACUCAAGAUGAGGUGCUUCGCUGGCUGAAGGACUUUGUUGAGUUGCCGCAGUAUGAGAGAAACUUUAAAGACUUCAAGGUCAAUGGAAACACACUCCCCAGGAUCGCUGCUAAUGAGCCUUCAUUCCUGAGCGCCCAGCUGAGAGUUCUGGACCAGCGAGACAAACAGAAGCUCAACAUCAAAGCUCUGGACGUGGUGCUGUUCGGACCGCCUGCACGUCCUCAUAAUUACAUGAAGGACCUGGUGCUCAUUGUGUCGGUGGUGAUGGGAGUUGGAGGCUGCUGGUUUGCUCAGGCCCAGAACAAAGCCAGUAAAGUCCACAUAACCAAGAUGAUGAAAGAUUUGGAUAGUCUUCAGAGGGCUGAGCAGAGCCUCACAGAUUUACAGGAACAGCUGGAGCAAGCCCAAGAAGAGAAGCGUAAUGUUGCGGAGGAGAAACAGAACCUGGAGGAGAAGAUGAGGGAUGAGAUCAUGGGAGCACAGGAGGAGACUUAUCGUCUGCAUGAGCUGAGGCAGGGUGCUGUCACUGAGCUCAGCCGCCUGCGCUAUGCAGAGGAAGAGCUGGAACAGGUCCGUGGGGCACUGAAGCAGGCGGAGAAGGACAUGCAUGCAAGCUGGAGUGUCUCAGAGGUUCUGCAGCAGUGGCUCCAGCUAACGCAUGAAGUAGAGGUCAAGUACUACAAUGUCAAGAAGCAGAGUGCAGAACAGCAACUUUCCGUCGCCAAGGAAGAGGCGGAGAAGAUUAAGAAGAAGAGGAGUUCACUGCUGGGGACUCUCCAUGUUGCCCACAGCUCCUCUUUAGAUCAGGUCGACCACAAGAUCCUGCAAGCAAAGAAUGCCUUGUUUGAAGUAACAGCCUGCCUGCGGGAGCGACUCCAUCGCUGGCAGCAGAUUGAACGCCUCUGCGGCUUUCCCAUAAUCAGGAAUUCUGGUCUAGCAAACCUCACUGCUCAGCUCUACUCAGACUCAAUUGCCCUGGGUAUGCCCCGAGUGCCUCAGCCACCUUGUUCAUGCCAUAGCUCUGUACAUGGAUCUUUAGAGGAUCUGUUAGAAGAAUCCUCAAUCUUACCACAGAUGACAGUUGCACCACUGAAGCGCUCUCCUCGAACACAGGGAUCUACCAAAUGUCGGCCACGUCGGCCUGGUGUCAUUACUCAGCCACCGACUGCCAUGAUCUCCCCAGACCCUGACCUUCUCAUCCCCAUCCGAGCUCCUUACCUUUGCUUUGAUGAGGAAGAAAGCCUUCUCCGGAAAACGCUAAAGCAACAAAACUCCCAAGAGAAGUACUCAGACACAGACUGCAUGAUUUCUCCUCCUCUCAGCAAAAUGUACCAUAAUCCCACUGUUGAUGCUUCCUCUCAAAGGCUUUAUCAUGAUGAAACUGAGCUACUUGCAGAUCCCUCAAUUUCAAAGACUUUGAGUAAAGAAGUAGAGGUUGUUGUUCCAGUUCGUAAAGUUUCCACAGAAGAGCUUGAGGUAGAUGUUGUCUGCAGGAAGAUGGGGAGAGACAAAUUGCUGGAUUCGUCUUUGGAAUCUUUGAAGAUGUCUAAAGAAGAGUCUUCAAAAGAUAUUCCAUCCUGGAAAGUAGAAAGAGAUACAAUAGGGGAUUUUAUUGACCCUUCUUCAAGGAAUAUAUACAGAGAAAUAAGUGAUUUACCAAUGGAUGUUAGAAAGAUCAUUUGGAAUGAAUUAGAAGCAUCAACAGAUAAACAGCCACAAAGGAACAUAUCCAGAGGUAUGAUGGGGGCUUCAUUUGACAGCAGCUUAAGAAAGAUAACACAAGAUGAUGCUGAGCAUCCUUUUGACUUAGUACCCAGAAGAGUGACAAGAAAUUCAAAGGCUAUUUCCCUAGACACAGGUUCAAGAAAGCUUCUGUGGAAUAAAGGAGAAUGUCAGCUUGAUUCCUCAGUGAGGGCAUUGGCAAUGGACAAAAUGGUUGAGACAACUAGAGCACCACGAAGGAUCUCACGAGAUGAGUUGGAGCAUUGUACAGAUCUUGCUUCCCAAAAGAUGCUACCCAGAGAGAAACUUGAUGCCCUUAUGGAUAUCUCGUCCUCUGCAGAGAUGCAAGAACCAGCAAACCGGAGGAUGCUGAGAGAUGAACUUGAGCUGUCUACUGGUUCUCUCAGACGGAGAAUACCAAGAAUGGCAAGAGAUGACACAGACAGUUUGGUUGACAAUCCCGCAGGAAAAAUCAGGGAUAGAGUUGAUGUUCCAGACCUUAUGUUAACCUCCCAGGGGCCGUGGACAUCAUCAGAUCUUUUUAACGCUGGUCCGUUGAGCCAGCUCGUGUAUGAUGGAAUCCUUGAGAAGUCCUGCAUCUCCCCAACACCUCCUCAGGCCAGGCUGCCAGCAGACGUGGAGCCCCCUAUGCCACCACCAAGGGUCGCCAUUCCAUCUCUCACUUCCCCUUCUGAGACUGGAGAAGAGAAGAGCAAGGAUAAAGAAAAGAGCAAGAAAUCCAUGAAGCUCAAAAGUCUUUUUAAAAAGAAAAAUGAUUCAACAACAGAGAAGCCUCAAAGUGGUCUUCAGAAACUCUGACAAUCAAUUUUUUUUUCGUUUUCUUAGCAUUUUAUUGAAUCAUAAAAUGGCGUUUUAGGAUCUCAUGGAAGAUAUCAGGUAGCACUUCAAGAAAGGACAAUUUUACCUGAAGAAGUCAGUGGUGUCUGGAAUAUUAAAUAUGAUGUUUUCAUUCUCUGAGUUUGGUGGCACUGAGAGAAUCAUGGUACACGCAUGAUGCCUAAUGUUGCCUGUGAACACUUUUUUAAGAAGAUACAGUACAUUUGUUAACAUAUGACAGUUGAAUAUGUAAUCAAUAGGAAACUGCAAAAGCUUUUCACGUGACUUACUUAUAUUUAAAGAUGAUAUCUUUGAUUAAGUCUUAUUUACACAUAUGGUUGAUACCAUAUAUUAUUUUGAAUGUAGAUUUUUUUGAUGCUUUGCCUAUGGCUGAAGGAUUAAAUAAUGUUUAAAUACAUGCUGCUCUUCUGUAUAACAGAGGUUUGAACGGAGACACUUACUGCAGUAGAAAAUGAAAGCAUUUUGUUUUGAGAGAACUGUGGUUAUAUUAAGUGAGGUCUUGAUAAGUUUCCCCCCUUGGAACUCGAUUUGUAUUCUAUGAUAUAACGAAUGAAAGGGAGUCUGGUCCGACAUUUAGCUUCAUUUUCCCUACAGCUGCUUGGUGAACACAUCACACUUAGGCAGUUUGAAGGCCCCAAAAACCUAUUUUGUCAAUUAGUUUUUUACUACGACAGUUUUGAUAAUAUUGCAUGAAAGAUUUUUUUUUAUUGUUUUUUACGCUGUCUCCUAUAAAUUACCUUUCGAAUAAACUAGAACAAAAAAGUAAUUGUGACCAGAUCAUUUUUUUUAAUACAGUAAGGAUUAAGUUUUUAAUCAACAUUUAUUGGAGGUUGACACACAGUAAAGUGUACAAUGUACAAUGUUUUGGUUUCUGGCAGUCACAGUUCUUGGCUUCUGGUAACACUUGUAUUUUUAACUAAAGGCAGUAAUCGUUUUGCACUCCUCUCUAGAAGUGGAAGCCUUGGGCAGAAGCACAAACGCUUGGAAACAACAGUCAUGGGGGGGGGGGGAGUAGUUGUUGCUGUUGCUGCAUGACCGAUGCGAUAUUGACUUCAACUACCACAGUUACCAUGAUCUGAACAGAAAACAUGCCUGCAGGCAAAUAAGAGCAGGACUGGAGGUUAUUAAGUUGUUUUCCUUCAUCUAGACUGUAGUGUUACAUUGUUGGCAUAUAGGUCAUGGUUUGUGUUAAGCUAAUUUUAGCUUUCUGUCACUGUCAAUAUCCAACUUCUCCCUUUACAAUCUGAAAGAUAUAUCUGACCACAUGGCGGCUGUUGACAGCAGAUUGUCAUGCACCAAUCAGGUUUAGGAACAUUUUAAAUCAAAAUCAGAUUUAUUGUAUGGCUGUUUGACGACACCCACACACUACUGCUGAGGCAGAUAAGCCAAGUAGUUGUUUGCUUUAAACUUUUAGUCUUGCUUUUUUCCCUAUUAUUUGAUUGUUGUUUGCUAUUGACCAGUGCGUCAGCGGGUCAGACAUUUGUGUUUGGGGCUGUAGGGCAGGCCCUGCUGUUGUGGUCCAGUUAAAAACAAAAGAGAAGGAUGAGCUGGAUCUAAGAACGUAACAGAGCCAUAACAUCAGGCUCCCCUGCAAAGGGCCAUGACUCUGAUCACCAGCUGGAAUAGACAUAAAACAACAUUUGCAUUACCUUGUAACCUGGAGCACAUGCUUUCAGAACGGAAACUGCUGGUUGCUGUGUAUUUAUUUAUUUUUUGCACUCUACUACUCACUCGCAGCUACCUCAGUCACAGCGUUCUGGUUGCGUUUUCAUGAAGUGCAAUGGGGCAUUUUUGACAGCUGGUGUAUCCCUAACAAUCUAAUAGCCUACAAGGUUGCAGAUAGAUCAGGGUUAACAAAGCUAAUAUUGACCCUUUAUUGACCCAGUUUGGAAUCACCCAAGUUUCUUUUUUAAAUGUGCAUAAUUCUGAAGAGCAGUUUACUUACUAAAACAGUAAAGGGUUUUUUUUCUCUUUUUUAAAUAAGUGCAUUUAGAUGCAUAUUUGAUUGCGUGAAUUGUUUAUGGAUUAUUAAUGAUCCUUUUAUUGUUUACAGACAUAAAUACAGUAGCCUAUUAUGACCUUUUAAAUCAAAUAACUGAAAAAAAUGCCUUUUUAUUGAUUUAAAAAUGAUUAUUGGAAUAUGUUUUAUGUCAUGUCUUACUUUGAAUGAGUGUCAAGUAUCGGGGAUAUAUCAAUACAAUAUUUCCCCUGUUCUUAUCUGAGAAUAACUGCUGUUUGCUGCUGUGUAUUAGUAUGAAAAUAAGAUUUAUUGGACUGUUGUUAUUUGCUGAUUUAAUAGCAACUGAUGAUUGAGAAAAUAAACAAGGUGAAAUAAGGAAAUGUUGUGCACUCAUAUGUACGAUUAAAAACAACCAACACAUCA